CCACUGCCACAACAACAGUCCACGACACGCGCUUCAAAACUUGCCAUCCCCGCGACCCCUGACCUCCCAGGCCGCGCCCGCUAUCGCUUAGGCAAGGCUAGCACCAUGGCAGACAAGCCCUUUGCCGAGCAGGCUGCUGCCUUUGGCUCGACAAUGAAUAGUAUCAACACCGCGCAAGUCGUCGAGGCCGCGGUCCGCGACUACAAGCGCGAUGUGCUCGACAAGCAGCCGCAGAACAACAAGGGUGGUCAUCAGCUCGUUGCAAUGGACGAGCUGAUGGAGGACGAGGAGCUGCAGGCACUGCACGAGGAGCGCAUUGCCCGCCUCAAAGCCGAGCGCGAGAAGCGGAACCAGCAAGCGCAGAAGGGUCACGGGACAUACACGGAAAUUUCUGAAGGUGACUUCCUUGAAAUCGUGACCAACACGGACAUGGUGGUCGUCCAUUUCUUUCAUCCCGAGUUCGAGCGCUGCAAAAUCAUGGACAAGCACCUUGCGACCAUUGCGCACAAGUACUUCAACACCCGUUUCAUCAAGGUCUCGGCGCCGGACUCGCCCUUCUUCACGGUCAAGCUGAACAUCAAGACGCUGCCGUGCCUCAUCGCCUUCAAGAAGGGUGUGGCGGUGGGCCGCGUCACGGGCUUCGAGGGGCUGGGCAAGGACGACUUCCCCACCGUGGUGCUGGAGGACCGGCUGCUGGCGCUGGACAUUAUUGAGCUGCCGGAGCGGGACCGGGCGGACGAGGACCGGAUAGAUGGGCCCGGCAAGAACAUUCGGAAGAGCCUACACUUCAAGAAGACGGACAGCGACGAGGACAGCGACUUUGACUGAGGCGUGUGCGUGCGUGGAGCCACUGAGUGUGAGAGCUAUUGUGUGUGUGUGCUGGGUGAGGGCUGGCGGGCCUGCGUGUUGCCGUACGCGGGCGGCGGCGUGCUACUGCUUGACCGGCAGUAGCGGCACAUGCGCGUGACACCGCGUUGGGAUGCAUGGGGGGCCCAAUUGACGGGUGCGUGCAGCACUGCCAGCCAUGUGUGUUACAAGAGUAUGACUGCGUUGUGUGUAUGUGUCUGAGAGACAUUGUGUUCUUACUCAUGCAGCCGCAAGCGCGACCGUACAUUGCAUGGCAUGACACCCAACGCGGCGCCGAAUGAGUUUGGGCCACAGACACUGCAUCUGGGGAAUCCCACGGGAUGCCGCAACAGGUGCAUAUAGCUACUAGACAUGACGCAGUAUGCGCACUUUCUAACUUGAAAACUCGACUGCAAGGCGUGUGCGUAGUAUGUGUCCACGAUGCACUGCUGCUAGUCAAAGCCAGAGUAGACGCCAAACUCCCGCGCUUGUCGCUUGGACUCCUCCACGUCUGCAGAGCGCAGGGUGAAAGGAAGUGAAAGGCUUUGUGUGUGGAGUAAGAAGGAAAGGUCGGGUAGACUGGCGAAGUUGCCAGCGGUGUUGUGCCGCUGCGGCCCCAGUGAAAUGACGAAUGGUUUAGGGCUCUAGGCGUAGUCCAGG